AUGGCCAACACCACAGGGCCGAACACCUCAGAAGUCGCGGGCUCGGUGGGGUUGAUCCUGGCGGCCGUCGUGGAGGCAGCAGCACUGCUGGGCAACGGCGCGCUGCUGGUCGUGGUGCUGCGCACGCCGGGACUGCGCGACGCGCUCUACCUGGUGCACCUGUGCGUCGUGGACCUGCUGGCGGCCGCCUCCAUCAUGCCGCUGGGCCUGCUGGCCGCGCCGCCGCCGGGCCUGGGCCGCGUGCGCCUGGGCCCCGCCCCGUGCCGCGCGGCGCGCUUCCUGUCGGCGGCGCUGCUGCCCGCCUGCACGCUCGGGGUGGCCGCGCUCGGCCUGGCGCGCUACCGCCUCAUAGUGCACCCGCUGCGGCCCGGCGCGCGGCCUCCGCCCGGCCUGGUGCUCACGGCCGUGUGGGCCGCCGCGGGGCUGCUGGGCGCGCUCUCCCUGCUCGGGCCGCCGCCCGCGCCGCCCCCUGCCCCGGCGCGCUGCUCCGUCCUGGCCGGCGGCCUCGGGCCCUUCCGGCCGCUCUGGGCGCUGCUGGCCUUCGCGCUGCCCGCCCUCCUGCUGCUCGGCGCCUACAGCGGCAUCUUCCUCGUGGCGCGCCGCGCGGCCCUGCGGCCCCCGCGGCCCGCGCGCGGCUCCCGGCCGCGCUCCGACUCUCUGGACAGCCGCCUCUCCAUCUUGCCGCCCCUCCGGCCUCGCCUGCCUGGGGGCAAAGCAGCCCUGGCCCCAGCGCUGGCCGUGGGCCAGUUUGCCGCCUGCUGGCUGCCUUACGGUUGUGCGUGCCUGGCGCCCGCCGCGCAGGCUGCCCUGGCCGAGGCGCCGGUCACCUGGGUGGCCUACUCGGCCUUCGCGGCUCACCCCUUCCUGUAUGGCCUGCUGCAGCGCCCCGUGCGCCGGGCACUGGGUCGCCUCGCCCGCCAGGCGCUGCCCCGGCCCCCGAGGGCGUGCACUCCACGGGCCUGGCACCUGCCCGCACUUCUGCAGCACCUCCAGGGACGUUCAGAGAGCCCUGCCCUAGGCCCUUCUGAGGCACCAGAACAAGCCCCAGAUUUGCCAAGAAGGCAGAGCCUGAGUAUGCCAGGGGCCACCUGAGAGGAGAUCUGUGUCCCAUGCUGAGCUGAGACUGGAGAAGGGAUGGUGGUACCAGGAGCCCAUCCAACCUCCUACACAGUUCCGGGCAGGUGCCCUGCCUGGAUUUCUGGCUCUGGAACAGGAGAAGGGGGGCCUGCAGGCUAGUGAGACCAAGAGGAUUCUGGGAGCUAGGAAUCUUGGGUUCUGGGUCCUACCCUGCAUAGUCUUGUAUACAGACCUACCCUUCCCUAGGCCCGUUUUCCCAUCUGUAUCCUGGACCAUCUCUAAGGGUUCCUUGGACACUCAUGGAUAGUCCCCAGACCAAAGAAGGCAAGGAGGUGGCCCAGAUCACCAAGAAGAGGGCCCU